UUUUGGGACAGCCGAAAGAAACCAUUUUUUAUGUGCUUUCAAGUGAAUGUAGUUAGAUUUGGUUUUUUAUUUCCUCUGUGUCUCUUUCUUUAGUUAUAUGCAGAGACAACCCAUAUGGUCUAUUUAUUUGACAGGGUGGUCCAAUAUACUUUUUUCCCCCAUGGUUGUGAUUUUCGUAGCAAUGGAAAGAUUGAACACAGAGUUGUACUACCAAAACUGUCACAUAAUGAAAGAGAAUGAAAGGCUUAGGAAGAAAGCUCAAAUUCUGAAUCAAGAGAAUCAAGCACUUUUGUCUCAGCUUAAACAAAAGCUCUCAAAUGGUGCUGGUAACUCAAAAACCAAUGCACCAAACAACAUGCUUGACCUUAACCUUGGAUCAGGUUCAAGUCAAAAUGCUUCCAAUUCCAGCAAUUAGAGAUAAGAAGUAUCAUCAUCAACAUCAUGACCCAACUAGGAGACUUUUUAUUUUGUGAAAAAACCAAAGUGUUCAAUGUAGUGGUUUCAGGGUACUAAUAUUUCCAUUUACCUUCUUUUAUCUAUUUUAGAUAUGAAUAUGAAUAUGAAUUUCUGAACAUGGAUGUAAUGAUGUAUUUGACUAUCUUUUAGAAAGGAAUAUAAUUUUAUAUGUUCA